AUGGCAUCCAGCACCGCCGUCUGCAAUGACGGGAGCUUCUCCCCGCCCGUCAUCUCGGCCAACUGCCGUGGAGGCUUCGACUUUACAGUAUUUUUCGAGGAAGUCAUACUAUGCAUGCUUCCCGCCGCUCUCUACUUGAUGGGCGGUUUGCUCGAGAGCGCAUUUAUGCUCGGAAAGCCCCGCUGCUUGGUCAUGAAAUCGCCUCUACGCUUCGCCAAGCUCAUCUUCAUCUUCAUAUUUGCUGCAUUGCAGGUAUCCCUCGUCGCGCUAUGGGCCUUGGAACCUUUUCCCUCCACCACCAUGCCGCUCGUCUCAGCCAUCCUCGCGCUUGUCGUUGCCGCUGUUUUCGCUGUCAAUUCCACCAUCGCUCACCGAGCUAGCCCACGCCCUUCUCUAAUAAUAUCCGCAUAUCUCUUCAUCUCGGUUCUCGCCGAUAUACCUAGAGUCAGAACCCUGUGGCUGAUGGGAACUUACACCAACGUUGCUGCCAUCCUUUCGUCUUCGCUUGCCAUCAAGCUCAUUUUGCUAUGGCUGGAAAAUAUCGGCAAGCGUCCGUUGCUGCUUGAAAAGUAUGCCAACAUCUCUGCCGAGGAGACUGCGGGUCUUUUCUCCAGAGGAUUAUUUUUCUGGCUCACUAGGCUCAUGAUCACCGGCUCGCGUCAGGUUCUCAAUAUGCACACGCUCUUGUCCAUCCACCAAAGAAUCAACUCUUCUGCAACUUUCCCUCAGCUAAAAAAGGCUCUUGAAAAUACUGACAUGUCACACAAAUACGGCCUCGUCUUUGCAACCUUCAAGGCGUGGCCUUUGGAAGCUGCCAAAAUCAUCUUCCCUAGAUUGGUUGUUCUUGCCUGCAGCCUUGUCCAGCCGUUUUUAGUUCAAGCAGUUGUUGACAAUGUCUUGGCUCCCGACACGCAGCCAAUUCGCAAUAGCGGCUACGGGCUCAUUGGCGCCGUUACGACGGGCAUUUACGAACAGCUAACAUUCCGGUAUAUCGCGCUUAUUCGUGGUGGUCUGAUCACCAACAUCUUCGACAAACUGAACAACAUCUCCACCAAGGCAGCCACAGAUAGCGGUUCACCUAUCAUGACGCUGAUUGGAACCGAUGUAGAGAGAAUAUGUGAAACCUGGAGCUUCCUUAUUGCAGAACUAUGGCCUGCUGUCCUGCAGCUAGGAGUCGGCGUCUGGCUUUUAGAGCGACAGCUCGGCGCCGUUUGCAUCGCACCCGUCAUCCUGGCAUUUGCGUCAACACUCAUUUGCGCAAAGGCUAGCUCUCUGGUUGGCAGUCGCCAAGGUAUCUGGCUGAAGGCAGUCCAACGACGUGUGAACUUCACAUCUCAUGCCCUGGGAAAUAUCAAGAGCAUCAAAUUGCUCGGGUACACAACUUCAAUUCAUAACAUGAUCCAGUCACAGAGAGCUGAGGAACUGGAACUCUCCAAGAAGUUUCGACGACUGUCAAGCUUCAACAUCUGCCUUGUCAAUGUGCCCAACAUUAUUAGCCAGCUGAUCACAUUCGCUGCGUAUGCCAUAGUAUCUCGGGUGCAAGGCCAUGACGACUUUAACACCACCAAGGCAAUUACGUCGCUGGCACUUCUGGCCAUCAUCAUGCAACCGCUGGGCCAACUGCUUUACACCGUACCGCAAGCAUUUGCAGCCAUCGGCUGUUUUGAGCGAAUCCAAGCCUUCUUGAACGAAAAGGAGACGCAAGAUGAUCGUGUUAUUGGCCAGACAAGCGUGACCACGGAAAACUCGGCUUCAGAUAUUGCUCUUCUGGAGACGCAGCCGGUUCCUGACGCCGAGACUGCGCCUGUGAUCAGUGUGCAGAACGCUACCAUCGGAUGGGAAAGUCCUGUGGUGCAUAAUGUGUCUUUCUCAUCAUCAACGGAUUCAAGAUUCAUUGCUUUAGUUGGACCUGUUGCUUCGGGGAAAUCAACAAUUAUCAGCGCGUUGUUAGGAGAAGCUCAAAUCUUCAGCGGCACGGUUCAACUCGCCACAAACGACUUGGCCUUCUGCCAACAGACACCAUGGCUGCCUUCCGGGACUAUACGGGAUCAAAUUAUCGGCAAUGAUUGUUUCUCCCAGGAAUGGUACGACGAGGUAGUCGGGGCGUGUGCUCUAGACUACGAUAUUGCGACACUGCAAGACGGCGAUCAAUCAGAAGCGGGAGUGCAGGGGGUAUCGCUAAGCGGCGGGCAGCGCCAGCGCUUAGCAAUCGCUCGUGCGCUGUACGCCAGGAAGCCAAUCGCCAUUUUCGAUGAUGUUCUGAGUGCGCUCGACUCUUCCACCCAAGACAUUAUUGCCGACAAGGUGUUUGGUCGUGAUGGUCUACUCCGACGGAUGAAGACCACUGUCGUGUUUGCCACCCACUCGAUGCGGCACUUGCACGCGGCAGACAUCGUAGUAGCCUUGACAUCAGACGGACAACACACAACGCAUGUAGUGGAUCGCUCUCGCACCGACCCUAGCGUACAAGUUGCAAUCCAGGAUGAUGAACUUGUUGAAGCUGCCCCUCAUUUGGAUGCAACUGCCAAUGCAAUCGUUGCCGAGAAAGACUUCAGACAAGAAGCCGAUAAUCUAGCCAAGGCGGGUAGGAGUAUCGGCGAUCUUGAGGUUUACAAGUACUACUUUGCGUCCCUGGGGUGGUCAAGUCUCUGCAUCUUUUUAGCUUUCGUUCUCACUGAGGCUGGCUUCUCUGCGCUACAACUUGUGUGGGUCAAACUUUGGUCAUCCAGCAAUGAUAGGACGAAUGCAAAGUACUGGCUUAGUCUGUACGCAUUGUGGGCUGUCAUUCGCGCUGCCUCCCUCAUUGCUGCUGUCUACUACCUCUACGUGGGCAUUGUGCCCAAGUCAGGAAAGCGGCUCCAUCUGUCUGUUUUGAAUGCUGCGCUCAAAGCGCCCAUGUCUUUCCAUUCAAAAACAGACAUUGGAACGUUGGUGAACCGAUUCAGUCAAGAUAUGCAGCUCAUUGACAUGAUUCUACCUGGUGCGUUGAUCACAACCGCAUUCCACGCAGCAAGUUGCAUAUCGGUUUCAGCGCUCACCAUUGCGGCAACGCCGUAUUUUGCGGCGGUUCUCCCGUUCCUCUUGCUAGCAUUGGGCACAGUGCACCGAUUCUAUCUUCGGACCUCCAAGCAGCUUCGACUUCUUGAGCUGGAAAGCAAAGCGCCCCUAUAUUCGCACAUCAUUGACACCAUCAAUGGCAUUGUUUCCAUUCGAGCGUUUGGAUGGUUCGCGCCAUACAAAGCCCAAUACUUUCAACUUAUGGACGAAUGCCAGAAACCAUUCUACCUAUUGCUAUGCAUCCAACGAUGGCUAUCUGUUGUUCUCGGACUCACAGUGACGUGCAUGGUAACCAUCCUCACUGCUCUUGCAGUCACGGUACGAGGAUCGACUGUCAGUGCCGGUUUUACUGGCAUAGCCCUCGUUAACAUGAUGAGUCUGAGUCAAAGUCUUGCUUCUCUUAUUAUUUUUUGGACGUCGUUGGAAACAUCGCUUGGCGCAGUCUCUCGAGUCAAGUCAUUCUCCGAGGACACCCCCGUUGAAGAAAGCCCAGACGCGCCUGUUGCCCACGACUGGCCAAAAUCUGGUCACGUCCAAUUCGAUGGUGUUACGGCCGCGCAUGUUGACUUUGUCGCGCUUCGCAAUGUAUCGAUUGAGAUUGCAUCUGGUGAAAGAAUUGCUGUUUGUGGUCGAACUGGUAGUGGCAAGAGUUCUUUUAUCUCAUCUGUCCUAGGCAUGAUGGAUAUUCGUUCAGGGAGCAUCAAGCUCGAUGGCCAAGAUCUUGCUCAAAUUGACCGAGAAAUCGUUCGCAGCAGGGUAACCUACAUUACGCAGGAUCCAUUCUUAUUCACUGGGUCAUUGCGCCAGAACUUAUGCCUCGGAGGCGAUAGCACCGAUGCAGAGCUAGAAGAAUGCAUGAAGGCAGUCGGUCUGUGGGAACAGGCGCAGGAAUCAUCUGGUGAGGGAUGUACAGAAACUGUUCUGGAUAUGGACGUGGAGCGGAUGCAACUGUCUCAGGGCCAGCAGCAGUUACUAUGCCUUGCCCGUGCCUCUUUGCGCAAGAGCAAAUUGGUCCUUCUGGAUGAGCCGACGGCUAGUGUUGAUACAAUCACUGAAGCAAAGAUGGCUGAAGUUAUUGCCCGCAAAUUUGAAGACGCCACCGUCAUCAUGGUUACACAUCGUCUGUCUUCAAUCCAUUCCUUCGACAAAGUCAUCGUCUUGAAUGCAGGCGAAGUAGUGGAGUACGGACCACCAGCUGAACUGUUAUCUGAUACUACAAGCGCCCUUCACCAGCUUUACCGCGUGCAGUCCUAA